CUGUAGCAAGCCAAUGUAGUGUUUCUCCUUCAGUCCGCUAUGCAGCUGCUCUCCUCGUUCAAGCCGCCUCGUUGGACGACCAAAGCGAAUUUGGUAAGACCUACCUAGCUCCGAGAGAUCAAUAUGUGCUAUACAAACCUUGUUGCCCUUCAUAGUCGAGCAGAAAUGUUUUAUGGUUCUGUCAAUGGCCGCAAGCGCUUCAGCUCUUGCCAACCGACAGGAAGACGCCAGAGCGCUCUUAGAGGAGGCCGCCAAAUACGAAGGCAAGAUCUCUAAUCGUCAAAAUCAAGAAGUCACAGCACAGGCGAUGAAUGCUCUUGUCAUCUACUAUCUUGCUCGCUUCCGUUACGAGCGUUGCGGUCGUGACGAAGACGGCCAACAAUUAGCUGAAUACGCUCUCGAUAGGGCAAGCGAACAUUUUCUCAACAGUGAUAAUGAUCUACAGGUAGUUUCUUCUGGUGAGAAUCGUUCCUUUGUGCUGAAGUAUCUUUCAGCUUGGCAUAGAAUUGUCGACUUGCUUUAUCGAACAUGGUGCAACGCUGCUCGAACAAGCCCUUGUCCAGAAGGGCGAGAAAGGCGAAAUGUCGAGAAGGGGCGUCGAUCCGGCCGUCAAAUACCUCCGCGGAAGUACUACAAUCCUGGAUCGGUUGGACAACAGAUCGAAGUUGCGCGCUCUGUUACAAGUUAGUGGAGUGGGCCUUUCGAGAAUCGAUGUAGAGCCUGAGACGACAUUUGAACAGUGCGAAGGCCUUCGAAAGCUCGGUCAGUGGACAUUCUUUUCGGUUUCCAUGCAUGGCUGAUGGUUGAAUCCCACAGCGAGAGCCU